AAAACCCUCAAUACACUGACAAACGGCAAACUUCUAAAACCCUAAAAGGAUCUGCUGGAAAUCUAAUUUAGUCGCCAUUAGUGAGGUUAUAGCUGAAAUAAUCGACAUCUCCACCGAUUUCCUCUGAAAUCUGAAGCGGUAGAAAUACUGAAAUGGCGUAUUGUAGAGCUCGUGAUUUCUUGUUCUGCGACUUAUGUGGUACUUUGUUAUCUUUGGAGUCGUAUAAGUACACAAAGUGCCAAUUAUGCAACUCAAAGAGAAAACUUAAAGAGAUUGCUGGAAAAGAAACAAGCUAUACUGUGACGGCUGAGGAUAUUAGAAGAGAGCUGCGAAUUGAACCAUUUGUAAAAGUAGAUGGAAUCUCAACUGAUGAGGGGCAAGUACAAAGAUCUACAGUGAAUCAAGCUUGUCCGAAGUGUGCUAACCCACAGCUUGAAUAUCACACGAAGCAGUUGCGGUCUGCUGAUGAAGGGCAGACAGUAUUCUACGAGUGCCGUAAAUGUGGACACAAGUAUAAUGAAAAUUCUUGAGUAUUCAUUUGAAGUAUCUGAACAAAGACAUCAUCCUAGGUAAAACCUAAAAUCUUCUGGCGUCCUGCAAUUACAAUGGACUAGAAAGGGGUAGAUUACCAAUUUUGCAAAGAUGGCAUGUGGUGUGCUCCACAUUACAUUUUGUAUUUCGGCCUCCAUAAUGAAAAAGUUGUAUUUUAGCUGCUCUUUCUCUUUGAAAAAUUUGUACUGGUAGGAGUUGAAAACAAAAACAGCUAUCUAGACACCAUUGCCACCAAUAUUGUACUUUUUUGCCAUUUUUGCAUGAGAUAUAUUGUCAGUUCACUAAGGUGAGCUUCAUGCUUCAA